AUGACGGAUUAUGUUCCAUUAACGGAUCACAAAGUCAGCAGGAUAUCUAAUGAAUCCCUUAAGGCUGAGGGACGUGGAACAGUCGAACUAGUAAGUACGGUAAAUAAGCAGCAGGUAACCUGCAAACUUAAAAAUGUACUAUAUGUACCGCGUGCCUCAAACAACCUUCUAUCUAUCAUGCGCCUAGAUAGAGAGGGAGGACAUGCCAUAAUGGGUAACGGUGUAGUAACCUUAAAAGUGCGCGGAGGAUGCACAAUAGCCAAAGGGAAGCUUCAAAACGGGUUGUAUUUAUUAAACUCUUGGGCUAAGUUACAUCCAAUAACUAAAAUAUAUACUACUCGAGAUGAAAAACCUGUAGAUUGGCUUACCUGGCAU